AUGGCAGCAGCUUAUACGUCAAGGGCAUCGAACUGCGCCACUCGGGUUGCGGUCCUUCCAAGCGCAAGGGCAGCGCUUACACUCCCCCUCAGGAUGGACGUCAACCUGCUUCAUGCCUGCCGCCAAAUCUACAACGAAGCGCGGUUCAUGCCCUACUCCACCAACACGUUCUCUUUCCACACGCCCCGCAAUCUUCGAACCUUUAUACACCUGCUCGUUCAAUGCGGCGUGAACUUCAAUACAGCGUUUCGCAGCCUGCACGUCGACAUAGCUCACAUCAAUCACGAUCUUCACGGAUGGGGUCAAGCGUUCAACGCCGUCACGCAACACAUGACACUACUCGAGAAAGUCUAUAUCAAUGUGGAUCAGCGACCCAACUGGUCUAUUUGCGCCGACGCUGAGCAGAAGGAAGCAGCAAUGAGGCCGGUGUUGGACUGCCUUGCGAUUCUUGGGAAGACGCCGGCUAAGUCCACGAUGAUCGUUGUGAGCGACCGUCACCUUUCAAGAAUGUCAGAUGCAAAUCUCGCGGGGGCUUCCACUGCUUGGAUCUCGUGUCGCUGGACUGUGGAGGAGAAGAAAAUGUGGGUCGAGGAGGUGAAACUGGCGAUUCAAGACACGCAGUUCUUCGGUUGA